CACAUACACAAUAAAGGAAGAGGUAUUACAUUUCACUAUGAAAACAUUAAAGAUACAUGCACAAACCAAACAGGAUGUUUGUAUAAAAACAUUUAUUUUACGAAUAAAGUAAACCUGAAGGAUAAACAUUAUGACCGAUAAAUAUGCAACGGAUGUAUUGAUAACCCUGGUUGUUAUCGCAGUUGUGAUGUUCAUAGUCUUUUUAUUGACCGUAUUGGCCCAUAUUUUCAGAUGUCAAAAAGAAAAGGCGGAACGUGACUUAAAAUUCAAUUACGAAUUUGGUCCAGGAUUACAAACAACAGACUUCACACGCCCGGAGCAAACUAACAGAACACAGUUUCCUGAUAUGUUUCCAAAUACGUUCUCAUAUCUGGCUCCUGACGAAUCAGAUGAUAGUCCUGUAAAUGAUCAAGGUGACAAUGAACAUCUUUAUGAUACCAUUGAGGUGCCACAGCGCAUUUCCACCAUUUCCGGCAAAUCCGUAGACAUUGGUGACUUAAGUGGUAUUUCUGAAUUUGUUGUUAACCCUACCGUUGUUCCAGCUGGCAAAAGAGAAUCUUAUGGAGCAUAUUUGAAACGAAAUGCUGACAGCAUGCGAUCAAGUGCAGGAGUAGAUCUUGGUGGAGAUUAUUAUAAAGCAUGGAGAAUUGUAGGAAAUGAUCAGUCAUUCCAUCUGUGAUCUGAAGUUCUGGAUAA